AUCAACACGAUCGGCGACUAAUACGUGUAUACAGGUGCGAGUGGCGACGUAAGGGAGGGCCGGGAGAAUCGUGGUGGGGGUUUAUAAUACAGAAAUGUAUCAUUUUUUGGCCACAUGUGCGCCUGAGCCAUUGAAGUUAUCGGAAAGGGUGCAAAUACCUGGUCACAUACGACAAUACCUGAAGGAUUUCCAAGUUGAUACACUUCGUUUUUUACACAGACAUUUAGCUAAUCGGGAUUUUUGCAUACUGAAUGACGAGAGUGGGUUAGGCAAAUGUGUAGCAACUGCAGUAUACCUAGGCGCAAUAGCCAAGAACAAUAAAUGUCUUAUUGUUGUUCAAAACGAUGAUGAACUUGUAGCGGGUUGGCAAUUUCAUUUCGAUGUACUUACCAAACUAUCCGUUGGAGUUUUAGGCCCGAAUAUGAGCUCCUUGGAUCCUCUUCCCAAUGUUAUUAUUGCAAAAUGGGCUACUCUACGUUCGGUGUUUGAUGGAAACAAAUAUAACUUUGAUUACAUUAUUAUCGAUAACAGAGGCCAAAUGAUGAGUAAUAACUUCUGCAUGUCCAUGCUUUUGAGUAACUACGAACGUAAAGUCAACUUACUUAUUUCAAGUGUUGAUGUAACGUCUGAUUUAAAAUUGUUGCAUAAUUCGCUUCGAUUGGGAGGCCACUUGGACCAUCAGUACGAGCAGUUCAAAUUUUUUGAAGCAAAGUAUAAACUCCCAGAGUUCAAAGAUGUACUUAACAAAACAGCUGAUUUGGAACAAUAUUUCCUGAAAAGGGAAAUGAUUAGUGACUAUUGCAAAGAUGUUCGAUUACGCCGUUACAUACAUCAAUUUGAAGAUCAGUUGCCUCUUGUGGAUGCGGAAAGAUAUAGAAUAAGUUUAGAGUUGUGGCAUACUAUAAGCAGUUCAAACAGUUCACAAAAGUCUAACGACAAUUCGAAUAACUUGAACGCAAAUUCUGAAACGGCGACAGAAGAACUUUUCAACCAGGCGCAAGCUCUAGAUCGCGAGAUAUGCGGGAUAGUAGAAUCACGACAGAGUCACGGUGUGGAUUUGCAAAACAAUGAAACAUCGGAGGAUGCAGACAAUAUGUCACCGCUUCUAAUAGAUUCGGAGUCGUGCAGUAGUGGCGAAGCAGAAGAAGUAGUAGAGGUGCCAAAUCAUCAGGCAAUAAUGGCUCAAAGUACUCGAACGGAGCCUGACGUGUACGAGUUUGUGGACCUUUCAAAUGAACAAGGUUCGGAAGAGUAUAUUCGUACUGAGAACUCAGAAAGACUACAUAUCACAAUUAAAUCGACUGAAUGGCAGUCAAAUUCAAGAUCUCUCACAAAGAAAGGCAAUAAUCAAAAGACAUCCGUAAUACAAGAGGAACAAGGAAUUGAAAACUCAAAAGAUUUGGAAGAAAAUGGAGUAAGUGGAAAAAAGACAAAUCCUCAAUGUUGUAAGGAAACUUUGGAAAAAAAGACAAUUGAUGAACGGAAAGAAGAAUACAAAGAUAGCACCUUGAAAGUGAAAACAAAUGUAAAUAUAAACGAUAAUAAAAAUGCUUCUUCGUCCAAACGCCAUAUCAAAACAAAAUACGAAAAAAAACUAGACGAAGUUGCUAAAAAACAGAAGUCAGUCGAUAUGCAGUCUAACUCUGAUGGUGUAAAACUAAUCAAGCGUGGAGGAUUAAAGCAGGGGGAAAAUAACUCAAAAGAAACUUCAAAAAAAUUAAGAUCUACUGAUAACGAUAGAGAUGCUAUGAAAACCAAACGCCAGGCAUUAGACCAGGCAAAAGAGAUAAACAAAAAGGCGUGUAAGAAGCCAAAAACGACUGAUAAAGAAGCUAAUCCUCUUAAAGAGACAACUUUUUCUGCAGCAAAGCGUGACUCCUUACACGAAGCUACGCAGCAUUUUAAUGCAUCGAUUGAAAAACGCAAAACUGAUCAGGAGAAAAAUGCCGAAAUUAAGAUAAAAGCAACUAAAUCCACUAAAAAUAUAAGUGAGAUUUCCCCAAGGCGAUUGAGACAUGCAAGAGAUAAAGCAGACAUUCACAAUGAUAAAUGUUCUGUUAUGUCUGAUAAAGCGGCUGCCUCAAAAUCGGUUUCGGCUACAACUCCAAAAAAAAAUUCAUCCAAAUAUGACGUGGUCGGAAGAACUAAAUCCUCAAGUAAUUCAACAAAAUAUGAUACAGAAAAGCGAAACCGUAAAGACGAUCCAAAAAAUAAACCAUGUGUAGAAGUUCCAACUAUACGCACUUCACGAUUUACGCGAAGCAUGCAGCGCGUAACCCGAUCCAGAAGGAAGUAUAUGACGGAGCCACUUACCUUAGUGGGUAGUCCAAGAAGACGAAACGGGAGAGGUGCACUUACUAAUAAUUGCGACAGGGUUGCAACCAAAGACAAACAAGAAGAUGUUGGUAAAUCAGCAGAGGCAAACAAGGCAAACAGUAGUAAGAAAAACAAAAACAGCAAUAUGGAAUUCGAAAAUGACGUUCGUAAAGAGCCGCGAAAGAAUGAAGCUAAGGAUUCAAAGAGGCAAAAAACAUUAGCUACUUCGGAAGAAAUAGCAAAGGUAACGGACUUAGCCAUACUCCCAUGUUCCGAUACGACGGAAGAUAUGCAAUGUGGUCAAAAAAUAAUUGCAGACACACAUUCAGAUAACGGUUUUCUACGACCUCCAACACCGAUCCGUGCUAUACGAAAUUCUGAACCUAAGCAAUUUUUACCUACUCCAAGUAGUUUUACUGAAUCCGAUGUAGUAUUCGUACCACCGCCUGACGCGCCUAAUAAAACCCAACAGAUUGUUGUAUUAUCCAGUUCAACGGAUGAGGGCUCUCUAUCAUCUCAGCAAUUUGUACAGAGUCGACGCACACGUGCACUCAAACAAAAAAAGUCGGUGAAGCGUCUUACAACGGACCGUGAACGUUUAGCGGAAUUAUCAUCAACACCAACUUUCGGCGAAUUGCUUGCUAAACAACGAAUACAUCGGAAAUCACCCGAUAUAUUCAGUGCAAGCACAGAUCUGGGCUUAACGUGCACACAACCAGUAGCUGCAGAUGGGCUUGAGGAAGCUGAAACCUUUCAAGGUUUCAAGAUAUUUGGCUCUGAGGUAAAACAAAUGCAGCAGCAGCACGCACUUAAUUCAAGUGGAAAGCAAAGUAAAUCGAAGCAAGUUCUAAGUCGUGGUCGGUCGUGUUUAAAUAUUCUAGAGAAUAUGUUUGAGCCACCUAAUACAGAGGCCACAGAUAAAGCUCAAAGAAAACAGACAAAAAAUCCUCAGCAAUCGUCGAAAAAGUCGCCAGAUGAUAAAUUGGUAAAGAGAACGACCAGAGGUAGUCAACCAGUAGUGCCGUCAUUACCAAAUACCGUUUCCGUCACUCAGCUGCAACAGACGCAAAACAACAAUAAACAUAAACAAACGCAGAGCAAUAACACCGCCAAUCAAAUGAUAAGUGGUCCAAUGGUGGACGAGGAGAUCUUUGAAAUUACAAAUAAUGAAGCAUUUGGCAGUAUGAUGCGGAUAAAUGCUAAUGGCGAAAUAUCUCCCGUGCAGACAACUCGGAGCCAACAAACGACGCAACACAACAAAAUUACUAAUUAUCUUAUUGGCACGUCUCAACUGACGCCAACAGAAGCAACACUGGAAGAACGUACGCCAAGUAAACGCGCACAAAUGCAGCUGUCAGGCACAGUGGCGCGCAGAUCUCCAAAAACUAGAUCAACACAAUCGACAAAGCUCACAAAAUGGUUUCAGAAAAAUGGUGCAACGCUGAAUGCCGCUCAUUCGAAUGCAGAACAGAAUGAAAUGCGUUCUAGGAAGCAUACCAGGAGUGCGAUUGCUAAGCGACUUAAAAGACGUUGCCUAGAGUUAUCCUUCAGCAAGUGAAUUGAGAAGUGAUUUGAUACGCUAAAUGU